AUGGGGUCCAAUCAGCGGGUCAAUCCGUCCAAUCAAUCCGGUGUGCCGGCCUCUGGUGACCUACGACCUACCUGGGUGGAGCGUGCAGUAUCAAGCCUAGCAUCUGACCUGCAGUCAGAAACGGCCGCAGUGACCAGACGCUGCAACAUCAAGCCAACUGCCACCCACGUGGAGGCCGAGGCUCCAGCUGCUGCAACUGUUGCUACUGCGACUCAGGCUGCCUACUGGCAACGUAAUGGCACCAUCCAAACCCCGGCCUGCCCUCGCCAAGUCGGCUCGACUUACCGUUUUAUCUUCGGGAAGCCAUCGGCCCGCGCUUUUUAG